GACUCAGGUGUCUUUCACUCUUCCUUUGCUGCUGCCAAGUCUCUCUCAGAUAGACAAGAUGUCUCUGCUGGACAUGAGCGAGUUUGGGGAGGCUGCCCCGUACCUGCGGAAAAGCUACACGGAGCAGCUGAAGCUUCAGACCAUCCCAUUCGAUGGAAAGAAGCGAGCUUGGAUCCCUGAUGAGAAAGAAGCCUAUAUCGAAGUGGAAAUAAAAGAAAGCUCUGGUGGCAAAGUCACUGUGGAAACCAAAGAUAAGGAAACACGGGUGGUGAAGGAGGACGAGGUGCAGCCCAUGAACCCCCCCAAGUUCGACAUGAUUGAGGACAUGGCCAUGCUGACACACCUCAACGAGGCCUCUGUGCUCUACAACCUCAAGCGCCGCUACUCCCACUGGAUGAUCUACACCUACUCGGGGCUCUUCUGUGUCACCAUCAACCCCUACAAGUGGCUGCCGGUGUACAAGGCGCCCGUGGUGGCAGCCUACAAGGGCAAGCGGCGCUCGGAGGCACCCCCGCACAUCUACUCCAUCGCCGACAACGCCUACAACGACAUGCUCCGCAACCGUGAAAACCAGUCCAUGCUCAUCACCGGAGAAUCUGGUGCUGGUAAGACUGUAAACACCAAGCGGGUCAUUCAGUACUUUGCCAUUGUCGCAGCCUUGGGCGACACACCGGGCAAGAAAUUAGCAGCUCUUGCCACUAAAACUGGGGGCACCCUCGAGGAUCAAAUCAUCGAGGCUAACCCAGCCAUGGAGGCUUUUGGCAAUGCCAAAACCAUAAGAAACGACAACUCCUCCCGUUUUGGCAAGUUCAUCCGGAUCCACUUUGGCCCCUCAGGGAAAUUGGCCUCUGCAGACAUUGACAUCUAUCUUCUGGAAAAAUCCAGAGUGAUUUUCCAGCAACCCAAAGAGCGAAGCUACCACAUCUUCUACCAGAUCCUGUCUGGGAAGAAACCAGAGCUGCAAGAUAUGCUGCUGCUGUCCCUCAACCCCUACGACUACCACUUCUGCUCCCAGGGGGUGACAACAGUAGACAACCUGGAUGACGGCGAGGAGCUGAUGGCCACAGAUCACGCCAUGGACAUCCUGGGCUUCAGCAGCGAUGAGAAAUACGGCUCCUAUAAAAUAGUGGGGGCCAUCAUGCACUUUGGGAACAUGAAGUUCAAGCAGAAGCAGCGGGAGGAGCAGGCAGAGGCUGAUGGCACUGAAAGUGCUGACAAAGCUGCCUAUCUCAUGGGAAUCAGCUCAGCUGACCUCAUCAAGGGGCUGCUCCAUCCUCGUGUGAAAGUGGGCAAUGAGUACGUGACCAAAGGUCAGAACGUGGAGCAGGUGCUCUACGCCGUGGGGGCCCUGGCUAAAGCCACCUACGACCGCAUGUUCAAGUGGCUGGUGACCCGCAUCAACAAGACCCUGGACACCAAGCUGGCCAGGCAGUUCUUCAUCGGCGUGCUGGACAUCGCAGGCUUCGAGAUCUUUGAUUUCAACAGCUUCGAGCAGCUGUGCAUCAACUUCACCAACGAGAAACUGCAACAGUUCUUCAACCACCACAUGUUUGUCCUGGAGCAGGAGGAAUACAAGAAGGAAGGCAUCGAAUGGGUCUUCAUUGACUUUGGCCUGGACCUGCAGGCCUGCAUUGACCUGAUUGAGAAGCCCAUGGGAAUCCUGUCCAUCCUGGAAGAGGAGUGCAUGUUCCCCAAAGCCUCUGACAUGACCUUCAAGUCCAAGCUCUACGACAACCACAUCGGGAAGUCGCCCAACUUCCAGAAGCCGCGGCCGGACAAGAAGCGCAAGUACGAGGCGCACUUUGAGGUGGUGCACUACGCUGGUGUGGUGCCCUACAACAUCGUGGGCUGGCUGGACAAGAACAAGGACCCCCUGAACGAGACAGUGGUGUCCGUCUUCCAGAAAUCCCAGAACAAGCUCCUGGCCUCCCUCUAUGAGAACUAUGUGGGCUCUGCUUCAGAGGAACCUCACAAGCCAGGGACCAAGGAGAAACGUAAGAAGGCAGCUUCUUUCCAAACUGUGUCACAGCUGCACAAGGAGAAUCUCAACAAGCUGAUGACCAACCUGCGCUCCACCCAGCCCCACUUCGUCCGCUGCAUCAUCCCCAACGAGACAAAGACCCCAGGAGCCAUGGAUUCCUUCCUGGUGCUGCACCAGCUGCGCUGUAACGGGGUCCUGGAAGGGAUCCGCAUCUGCCGCAAGGGCUUCCCCAACAGGAUCCUCUACGCGGACUUCAAGCAGCGCUACCGUAUCCUCAAUCCAGCAGCCAUUCCAGAGGACAAGUUUGUGGACAGCAGGAAGGCCACAGAGAAGCUGCUGAGCUCCCUGGAACUGGACCGUGCACAGUACAAGUUUGGCCACACCAAGGUGUUUUUCAAGGCUGGUUUGCUGGGCUUGCUGGAGGAGAUGCGAGAUGAGCGUCUGGCCAAGGUCCUGACAAUGCUCCAGGCCAGGAUCCGUGGGUACCUCAUGCGUGUGGAGUAUCAGAAGAUCAUCAGCAGGAGGGAAGCCCUCUACACCAUCCAGUGGAACAUCCGUGCCUUCAACGCUGUCAAGAACUGGUCCUGGAUGAAGCUGUUCUUCAAGAUCAAGCCUUUGCUCAAGUCUGCUCAGACUGAGAAGGAAAUGUCCAACCUGAAGGAGGAAUUCCAGAAGCUGAAGGAGGCUCUGGAGAAGUCUGAGGCCAAGAGGAAGGAGCUGGAAGAGAAGCAAGUCUCCAUGAUCCAGGAGAAGAAUGAUCUGGCUCUCCAGCUGCAGGCAGAGCAGGACAACCUGGCAGAUGCAGAGGAGCGCUGUGACCUGCUCAUCAAGUCCAAGAUCCAGCUGGAGGCCAAGGUGAAGGAGCUGAUGGAGCGUGUGGAGGAUGAGGAGGAGAUGACCUCGGAGCUCACCGCCAAGAAACGCAAGCUGGAGGAUGAGUGUGCAGAGCUGAAGAAGGACAUUGACGACCUGGAGAUCACGCUGGCCAAGGUGGAGAAGGAGAAACACGCCACAGAGAACAAGGUUAAAAACCUGAUUGAGGAGAUGGCUGGUCUGGAUGAGAUCAUUGCCAAGCUGACCAAGGAGAAGAAAGCCCUGCAAGAGGCCCAUCAGCAGGCCCUGGAUGACCUGCAGGCUGAGGAAGACAAGGUCAACACACUGACCAAAGCCAAGGUCAAACUGGAGCAGCAAGUGGAUGAUCUGGAAAGCUCUCUUGAGCAAGAAAAGAAGGUCCGCAUGGACCUGGAGAGGGCAAAGAGGAAGCUUGAAGGAGACCUGAAGCUGUCACAAGAGUCUGUAAUGGAUCUGGAGAAUGACAAGCAGCAGCUGGAUGAGAAGCUCAAGAAGAAAGACUUUGAGAUGAGUCAGCUGAACUCAAGGAUUGAAGAUGGGCAAGUGAUGGAGGCCCAGCUGCAGAAGAAGAUCAAGGAGGUCCAGGCGCGCGUUGAGGAGCUGGAGGAGGAGCUGGAGGCCGAGCGCGCCGCCAGGGCCAAGGUGGAGAAGCAGCGUGCGGAGGUGUCGCGGGAGCUGGAGGAGCUGAGCGAGCGGCUGGAGGAGGCGGGCGGCAGCACGGCCACGCAGCUGGAGCUCAACAAGAAGAGGGAGGCGGAGUUCCUGAAGCUGCGGCGGGACCUGGAGGAGGCCACGCUGCAGCACGAGGCCACGGCGGCCGCGCUGCGCAAGAAGCACGCGGACAGCGUGGCCGAGCUGGGCGAGCGCAUCGACAGCCUGCAGCGCGUCAAGCAGAAGCUGGAGAAGGAGAAGAGCGAGAUGAAGAUGGAGAUUGAUGACCUCUCCUCCAAUGUUGAGUACAUCACCAAGAACAAGGCCAACGCUGAGAAGCUGUGCCGCACCUACGAGGACCAGCUGAACGAGGCCAAGGCCAAGGUGGACGAGCUGCAGCGGCAGCUGACGGACGUGAACGCCCAGCGGGGCCGGCUGCAGACCGAGAACGGGGAGCUUAGCCGGCUGCUGGAGGAGAAGGAGUCCUUCAUCAACCAGCUGAGCCGUGGCAAGGUCUCGUUCACACAGAACAUUGAGGAGCUCAAGAGGCAGCUGGAGGAAGAGACCAAGGGCAAGAAUGCCCUGGCCCACGCCCUGCAAGCCUCCCGGCACGACUGUGACCUGCUGCGGGAGCAGUACGAGGAGGAGGUGGAGGCCAAGAGCGAGCUCCAGAGGAACUUGUCCAAAGCCAAUGCUGAGGUGGCCCAGUGGAGAACCAAGUACGAGACUGAUGCCAUCCAGAGGACUGAGGAGCUGGAGGAAGCCAAGAAGAAGUUGGCCACCCGGCUGCAGGAGGCGGAGGAGGCCGUGGAGGCCGCGCACGCCAAGUGCGCCUCGCUGGAGAAGACCAAGCACCGUCUGCAGACCGAGAUCGAGGACCUGUCGGUGGACCUGGAGCGCGCCAACGCGGCCUGUGCUGCCCUGGACAAGAAGCAGCGCAACUUCGACAGGAUCCUGGCCGAGUGGAAGCAGAAGUACGAGGAGACCCAGGUGGAGCUGGAGGCGUCGCAGAAGGAGUCGCGCAGCCUGAGCACAGAGCUCUUCAAGCUCAAGAACGCCUACGAGGAGUCCCUGGACAACCUGGAGACCCUUAAGAGGGAGAACAAGAACCUGCAGGAGGAAAUUGCUGAUUUGACUGACCAGAUCAGUCUGGGCGGCAAAACCAUCCACGAGCUGGAAAAGGUGAAGAAAGUGCUGGAGAGCGAGAAGAGCGAUAUCCAGGCAGCUCUGGAGGAGGCUGAGGGAGCCCUGGAGCACGAGGAGAGCAAGACCCUGCGCAUCCAGCUGGAGCUGAACCAGAUCAAGGCUGAGAUGGACAGGAAGCUGGCGGAGAAGGAUGAGGAGUUUGAGAACCUGAGGCGGAACCACCAGCGCGCCAUGGACUCCAUGCAGGCCUCGCUGGACGCAGAGGCCCGCGCCAAGAACGAGGCCGUGCGGCUGAGGAAGAAGAUGGAGGGGGACCUGAACGAGAUGGAGAUUCAGCUGAACCACGCCAACCGCCAGGCUGCCGAGUUCCAGAGGCUGGGCCGCCAGCUCCAGGCCCAGAUCAAGGACCUGCAGAUCGAGCUGGAUGACACCCAGCGCCACAACGACGACCUGAAGGAGCAGGCGGGUGCCCUGGAGCGCCGCAACAACCUGCUGCUGGCAGAGGUGGAGGAGCUGCGGGCAGCGCUGGAGCAGGCCGAGAGGAGCAGGAAGCUGGCGGAGCAGGAGCUGCUGGAGGCCACCGAGAGGGUCACCCUGCUCCACUCCCAGAACAUGGGUCUGAUCAACCAGAAGAAGAAGCUGGAGGCUGAUGUCUCCCAGCUGAGCAGCGAGGUGGAGGAUGCGGUGCAGGAGUGUCGCAACGCCGAGGAGAAGGCAAAGAAGGCCAUCACGGAUGCUGCCAUGAUGGCAGAGGAGCUGAAGAAGGAGCAGGACACGAGCGCGCACCUGGAGCGGAUGAAGAAGAACAUGGAGCAGACCAUCAAGGACCUGCAGAUGCGCCUGGACGAGGCAGAGCAGAUUGCUCUCAAGGGGGGCAAGAAGCAGAUCCAGAAGCUGGAGGCCAGGGUGCGGGAGCUGGAGGGAGAGCUGGAUGGGGAGCAGAAGAAGAUGGCAGAGGCCCAGAAGGGCAUUCGCAAGUACGAGCGCAGGAUCAAGGAGCUGAGCUACCAGGCUGAGGAAGACCGGAAGAACCUGGCUCGGAUGCAGGACCUGAUUGACAAGCUGCAGAGCAAGGUCAAGAGCUACAAGCGCCAGUUUGAGGAGGCAGAGCAGCAGGCCAACUCCAACCUGGUGAAGUACCGCAAGGUGCAGCACGAGCUGGACGACGCCGAGGAACGCGCCGACAUCGCCGAGACCCAGGUCAACAAACUGCGCGCCCGCACCAGGGACGCCGUCGUCUCCAAGCAUUAGGAGCCCGGCUGCCCGGCCCUGCCCUGUCCCAGCUGCUGCUGUAGGUUGGAGGCAAGUGGCUGCAACAGUCACUGUCAGCUUUGCACUGCAUGAAUAAACGUAGAUCUGCAGGACUGGCUGUUGUGUGUGACAGCGUAACCAGGGCCUUGGCCUCUGCCCCCGGGGUCUGGGGGAGCAUCUUCACAGGGAGACACAGGCAGGAGAGAAGCUCAGUCCCCUCUCUCCCAGCUCUGUGGCCCUGGCUGGGGAUGGGUUUUGGGAUAAGAGUCCUUUCCCCAUACCUCUCCACCAGAACACAGCUCUAACUGCAGGGGACCAGAGCUGAGGCAUGAGGCACCACAGACCUCAGCCACUACUGCUGAGAACAUGAAGCCCCUCAUACAGCCCUGGAGGGGGUUUGGCUUUGGCAAUGCACUGGAAAGAAAGACACCUCCACUCAUUUGUUUAAAAUAGAUUUCUUUAAUAGUUUCCAUUUAAUAUGUUUAUUUGCAGUUAGCAAAUCGGCAUUAAUCAGGGCAGCACGAACCUCAGCCAGCCACGGGGACAGUGCACACUUCCAGAGGUAUUUGUUAGUGCCAGGGGUCCCACCUCCCUCCCAUCCCAGCCCAGAGCCCGCUGGCACCUCCAAGGGUCUGGUCCCUCUCACCAUGAGAUCUUUGUGGCAUCUGGCAUGGACAGACAUCCCAAAGGAACGUUGGGCUUUGCCUGUCCCCCUCUGUGCCCUGGAGCAGAGCCUUCUCCCUGGAGCCCAGCACGCUCCACCCCUGGGAGCGUGGGGGCUUUCUUCCCUGUGCCCUUCUCUGCCCAAUCAGCCCAAAAGCAAAGCCAAGCCUGUGCCCCCAGGCCUGGGAAGACCCCCAGAGAUGUGGGGGCUCAGCUCAGCUUCCCCCAGGCCCAUGGGCAAGGCCAGAGGCAGCUGGGCUCCAAAAUGUCUUUAAAACACAGAGGGGAGUGAGACUGCAGGGUUACAGCAGCAAUCAGUGGAUGCACCAAUUAACUACACUGUGGAAAAGGCAUCCCUUAACUUAAAAGCCUUUUAAUUUGAAGCAUUUAUUUUAAGUGUACAUCUAUUACAGUUAAGAAGAAGCAAAGAUACACCAAAAACACAAAUACCCAAGAACAAAAAAAGUACAGAUGAGAAAGAAAUGAGCUGAGGGGAGGGAGGAGCGGGGGGGGGGUGACCUGGUGAGGAACAGAGGUGAGUUGCCAUGGCAAGAAGCUCCCCAGGGUACCCUCACCAGAGCAGGAUGCAGCUCCCAGGGAGGGACACCAGGAUCCCCAGGAGCUCCUGCAAGGCUCCAGCUUUAUGCACAAGCUCAGCAGCUCUGACCACCCUGUGAGCCCACAGCAGGACACUGAGGUGUGGGAGAAAAGAGAUGGAAGAUGCUCAGAGACAAGUCCUACUCCUGGGGCUGGAGCCUCCUUCACUCCUCCAGCCCCAGCACAGGGAGCCGCAGGGGGGGUUUCAUGCUGCUGGCAACAAUGAGACCAAAGGCUGCAGCUCUGGGACAUCCUCACCCCUCUGGAGCCUGGACAGGGCUGAAGUUAUCUCGUCAAAUAAAUUAGAAAAUGUUAAAAAAAUUCAGAUGUGUGUUUCAAAACAGGUUUCUUUUUUCUGUAGCUGCAAGACGUGUUUUUGACUUAAAUGUAGUGGCUUAAGUGUAGUGUAUCUCGUUCCUGGGUAUCGGAAUGUGCUGGAGCAACAUGGCGUUGGUGAGCAGGCAGGGCACAUGCAGGUUUGGCAAUCAAGACUGCCAAAACCCCAUUCCCCUUUCCAACAUACCGUACAAAGUUACUUUCAACCAGGAGUGUUUAUUCCCAGCAUUUAACACAUUCUGAUUAAAACAGAUCCAGGAAAAAACGGACAUCUCCAGUAAAUAUUGCACUUUCAAGAUUAAUGUGUGUGUUGAUAUUAAGGGCUGAAAGCAGAGACUGACAUAAGACUUCCAGGCAUAGCAGGUUAACAUCAAGAACAAUGGUCCUGAAAAGGAUUUUAAAACCAGAUUAGUUACCCAAGAAGGGACAAGCCGCAAGUUUAAAAAAUUAGUACAUUUUAAUGCUAGUGCUCCGUGAAAAAGCCAACCCCUGUUG